UCAGUAGGAAGAAUGUCCCUUACGUUGGUGGUCAGUGAGAAGAAUGUCCCUUACGUUGGUGGUCAGUGAGAAGAAUGUCCCUUACGUUGGUGGUCAGUGGGAAGAAUGUCCCUUACAUUGGUGGUCAGUGGGGAGAAUGUCCCUUACAUUGGGGGUCAGUGGGAAGAAUGUCCCUUACAUUGGUGAUCAGUGGGAAGAAUGUCCCUUACAUUGGUGGUCAGUGGGAAGAAUGUCCCUUACAUUGGUGGUCAGUGGGAAGAAUGUCCCUUACAUUGGUGAUCAGUGGGAAGAAUGUCCCUUACAUUGAGGGUCAGUGGGAAGAAUGUCCCUUACAUUGGUGAUCAGUGGGAAGAAUGUCCCUUACAUUGGUGGUCAGUGGAAGAAUGUCCCUUACAUUUCAGUGGGAAGAAUCAGUGGGAAGAAUGUCCCUUACAUUGGUGGUCAGUAGGAAGAAUGUCCCCUUACAUUGGUGAUCAGUGGGAAGAACGUCCCUUACAUUGGUGGUCAGUGGGAAGAAUGUCCCUUACAUUGGUGGUCAGUGGGAAGAAUGUCCCUUACAUUGGGGGUCAGUGGGAAGAAUGUCCCUUACAUUGGUGGUCAGUAGGAAGAAUGUCCCUUACAUUGGGGGUCAGUGGGAAGAACGUCCCUUACAUUGGAGGUCAGUGGGAAGAAUGUCCCUUACAUUGGGGGUCAGUGGGAAGAAUGUCCCUUACAUUGGUGAUCAGUGGGAAGAAUGUCCCUUACAUUGGUGGUCAGUUGGAA